CUUUUCGGUAUAUCAAUAAAGUUUUGUGUUUGGAAUAAGCUGGGAGUGUAAAAUAUGCGUUUAGUAUUAAUAUUUGUGAUAUUAAUCACAAUAUCAACAAUUUUAGCCAAAAAAUCAAAAGACGGCGAAAAGCCGGAAUGGGCUAAAAAAGAUAUUAGAGAUUAUUCUGAUGCUGAUUUCGAACGUUUAUUAGAUCAGUGGGAGGAGGGCGACGAUGAGUUAGAGGCUGACGAACUCCCAGAACAUUUGCGACCUCAGGCAAAGCUUGAUUUAACAAAACUUGAUCCUAAUAAUCCAGAGGAAAUACUUAAAGCCUCUAAAAAAGGUCGUACGCUUAUGACAUUUGUAUCAGUUGGUGGUAAUCCAACAAGGGAUGAAGCAGAAAGUAUUACUAAACUUUGGCAAACUAGUUUAUGGAAUAAUCAUAUACAAGCGGAGCGCUAUAUGGUUGAUGAUGAUAGAGCAAUAUUUAUGUUUAAAGACGGUGAACAAGCUUGGAGAGCAAAGGAUUUUUUAAUACAACAGGAACGCUGUAAAGGUGUAACUAUUGAAAAUAAAGAAUAUCCCGGGGUCUAUGCCGAAACUACAGACGAAAAAGACGAAUUGUAAAAACUGGA